AACCGGAAGUACAUUCGACCGGGCUGACUUCAUGAUAGAAAGAGAGAAGAACUUGCUAUGGGGACGCACUCAUGACUGUGUUCCCAACCUGAUAGCCUGACCGCAGGAACGACAGACAAUGAAGAAAUGAUAGGAGGACUGUUUAUCUACAAUCACAAGGGAGAAGUCCUUAUCUCCCGCGUGUACAGGGAUGACAUCGGGAGGAAUGCAGUUGAUGCAUUUCGGGUCAAUGUCAUCCAUGCGCGCCAACAGGUGCGCUCUCCCGUGACCAACAUCGCUCGUACCAGCUUUUUCCACAUCAAACGCUCCAACAUCUGGCUGGCUGCUGUCACCAAACAAAAUGUCAAUGCUGCCAUGGUCUUUGAAUUCCUACUCAAAAUGGUGGAGGUCAUGCAGUCAUAUUUUGGAAAAAUCACUGAGGAGAAUGUCAAGAAUAACUUCGUGUUGAUAUAUGAAAUACUAGAUGAGAUUCUAGAUUUUGGAUACCCACAAAAUACCGACACGGGCAUUUUAAAGACAUUCAUCACACAACAAGGAGUCAAAUCUCAGAGUAAAGAAGAGACGAGUCAGAUUACGUCGCAGGUCACAGGUCAAAUUGGCUGGAGAAGAGAAGGGAUCAAGUAUCGCCGUAACGAGCUGUUCCUGGACGUACUGGAGUCCGUCAAUCUGCUGAUGUCACCUCAAGGUCAGGUAUUGAGUGCACAUGUGGCUGGACGAAUCGUAAUGAAGAGUUACCUAAGUGGCAUGCCAGAGUGUAAGUUUGGAAUCAAUGAUAAAGUACUCAUGGACAGCAGAGGGCGGGGCAAUAUGGAGGACUCCUCCUCGAGACCUGGAACCAGCAGUGGUAAAAGUGCAAUAGCCAUUGAUGACUGCCAGUUCCACCAGUGCGUUAAACUCAGCAAGUUCGAAACGGAACACAGCAUCAGCUUUAUUCCACCCGACGGGGAGUUUGAACUCAUGAAAUACAGAACCACUAAAGACAUUAGUCUACCAUUCCGUGUCAUUCCGCUUGUGAGAGAGGUUGGGCGUUCAAAGAUGGAAGUCAAGGUCGUUGUGAAAUCGAACUUCAAGCCUUCCCUGCUGGCUCAGAAAGUAGAGGUACGCAUUCCAACGCCAUUGAACACUAGCGGUGUACAAGUGAUCUGCAUGAAGGGGCGGGCCAAAUACAAGGCCAGUGAGAACGCCAUCGUAUGGAAGAUUAAAAGAAUGGGCGGGAUGAAAGAAUGUCAGCUGAGUGCGGAAAUUGAACUCCUGAACACCAGCGACAAAAAAAAGUGGACCAGGCCCCCUAUCUCGAUGAGCUUUGAGGUACCAUUUGCUCCUUCCGGAUUCAAAGUGCGCUACCUAAAAGUAUUCGAACCAAAACUUAACUACAGUGACCAUGAUGUUAUUAAGUGGGUGCGAUACAUUGGCCGAAGUGGACACUACGAAACCAGAUGCUGACCACGGUCUGACGAUAAAUGAGAACCAUCAGAACAUGUUAAAGCAGACAAAAGGAAUGACAAUUCAUGUAUUGCUACUACAGGUGUUUUUAUGGGAUUCGAGAUUUUGUGGACACUAAAUACUGGUAGAAAUUAUAGGAUAUUUGUUUGGUUGUAGAGUCUUGACAACUCGAUUAUCUCCCUUUUAAUGUGGAACUUGCAGUAUUUGUGUUUGUGUACAAGAUGUGUUUUGGCUUAUUGUGAAAUGAAAUUCUAUCAUUAGUGUAUAUACUACAGUAAGUAUACUCCCGUGUCUUUGUGUUUCUCUGGCUUGUUCUGUUACCACUAAUAACCAGCUUCUAUAUACAAAAUAUUCAUUAACUUCUAUAAGACUGGCCAAAUUAUUAUAAAUCAUAGGUACAUACUAGGGAUUUAUAUAUUGAUUAGAAGCAAUUCUACUUCAGAAUCAAAUAGGCAGAAUAUGACAGUUACAGAGACUAUGUUCAGUUUAGAUUACGGAGAUGCAGUUGCUGUGUUAGAAACAUUUUAAUUCUACAAUUUCCUGUGUCUUGUGCUAAAAUUAUUCAGGUUUAAUAUGACAAAUGUACUGGGGAAGUAAAUAUAGUGGAUUUAAAACUAGUUGUAGACUCCUGAUUAAAUCACACAUUGUAAGAUGAAGAUCAAAUAAAAGCAAAUCCCUGCC